CAGGGUUGGGACAUGCUCCUUGCCGGCCGCAACCUCGCAGAAGUCGUGAAGAGGUUGGAGGACGAAUCCGUCGUGGUGACUUCUCCCCAGCUUCGGCUGCGAGAGCGCGUGGCGAUCGUGUCAAUCUGCGCCUAUGGGGAGGAAGAGCCCGUUAGGGUCAUUGGCACAGAGAAUCACGAGAUAUAUGCUCAACUCCACGGCUACGACCUCAUCCAAAUCACCAAUUCGGCGCAGAUCGCGCCGAACUUGGCAUCGGGGAUGGACAUCAACGACGGAGUCCACAAGCCUUUCUUUUGGAAGGUAAACGCGGUUAAGAACGUGCUUGAGCAGCAGAGCCCGCGCUAUGACUGGGUCCUGUGGAUCGACUGUGAUGCCUUCUUCAUGGAUCCAGGCCGAACAAUCGACUCCGUCAUCAACAUGUAUUCCGCCAACAGCACCGCAGCCUCACGCCUUGGGCCAAGGCAAUGGGGCGAGAGCCCGGAAGUCUCGCAGCUACGACAGCGACUUCAUCCUGUGGCAUCUCCUGAGGUGUCGCUGGUAGUGGCGACAGACUCUUCCGGCAUCAACAAUGGUGUGUGGCUGAUGAAGAAUACUCCCUGGUCUCACGACUUCCUGGUGCGAUGGUGGCACUCGGAUAUUCUGCAGGGCCCGGGCGCGAAUCACAACUGUAGUGACCAGUCGACCAUGCAGCAUCAACUGCUAUACGCCACCAGCAUGGCUUUAGAUGAGCUCUGGGAUGCCGCGGAGGGCCCCGUUUGGGUACCGGAAGUGCGUGUGGCGGCUCAGGAGCACCUUCAGUCCUUUCAUGCGGCCACUGCAGCCACCGUGGCCAGCAGGGAGUGGCAGCCAGGAGACUUCAUCAAGCACCACCCAGGCUGCCACUACUACAAGGCUCCCUGCCAACAACUUUACAUGGAGGCUCACUCCAUCUUCGUCAGCCAGGUUCAGGCUAUGGUUGCUGCACGCUGA